AUGCAGGAGGCAAGGCACCUUGAAAACAGCAUGAGCGCGCCAUCAACUGAUGGUGUUGAAAAGCCACAAUGCUUCAAUCCUGAAACUGUCGCUCUUCAAGAUAUUCGUCGUUAUCAGAUGAGUACUGAGCUUUUCAUCUGGAAGAUGUCUUUCCAGCGUUUUGUGCAUGAAAUUGCCCAAGAGUACAAGGCUGACUUAUGCUUCCAGGCUACUACAGUAGCGGCUAUGCAAGACGCGGCUGAAGGUCACAUAAUGGGUCGAGGGGCUACUACUCUUAGGGUUUAUAGGAAGCUUGGAAAAGAGAACGCUUGUUUGGGUCAAGAUAGGACGGCAAAGAGUUGA